AUGUCCGGCGGCUUCGAUUUUCCUCCUGCAUCAGUCGACACAGACUCCUCGUCCGAGAAUCAUAGACCUACCACCAUCGAUCCUCGUGUCACGCAAACCAGCUUUCCACAAACGCAGAUCGAUCUCUUGCGACAAGAACGAAUGUAUGUAGAGCAACGAAGGAGCUCUCACGACGUGCGGCUCGCACAGCAACGUCCGAUAUCAGCAUUACAUGCCAGCACACGCCGACAACAUCACGAAGAUCAGGCAGUUGCGAAUCAGAAUUUCCCCACUUCGGCCAUAAGACCUCGUGUAGUAGGCUCACGUAUCCGACGCCGUCUGAACAAUAACGCGAAUGCUUCUUCCAGGACUUCAAUGCACGUCGCAAGCUUUGGUGUUGGUUUACCAGAACCUACACUACCGCGCGUCGGAUCAGCAGCCAUGGUUUCCGCAGAGUAUUCGGGUGAAGCCGAAGUCAAUCGAAGGAGGAAACGAUGUAAGCUGGACGAGGACCGCUUGACUAGAGGCACGAAAACUUUCAGCUAUGGUUGGAAAGGUCAGGUCGUGCCUGGGCCUUUGCGGAUGGAAAUCCACUCAUGUGACGGCGGACUUCAUAAUGAAGCCUUCCAACAAGAUCGCCACCAAUACCAUAGAGACAAUAUGCUCUGCAACGAUAAAAGUGUUUAUUGCACAGAUCGAGGCCAUUGCAACAUUAUACUCAAACAUGUAGGAGAGGCUUCCUUCGAAUUAAAAAAGCUGGUCAUCAAAGCUCCCGAGAGUGGCUUCACCGCGCCUAUACAAGAAGGUAUGAUCUUCAUCUCCAUGACUAGCAAGGACCUUCUGUCCCGGACAUCACCAUAUCAUCUUUGUUCUGAGUACCCUAGCGACUGUGAGUCUGGAGAAGGGUCUCUCAGUUGUUCGACACCACUCUCAUCAAGCCGGCCGAUCUCGCGCCGAAGAGACAGCGCUGCACGAUCAGUUCCACCUCCCGUUUCGGACAUCAUGUUACGGACCUUUCAUAGGAAUGACUGGAGAAUCUCAGAACCAUAUCCCAGGUAUCCAAUAUCCACGGCAUAUCAAGCACCGAACAGAUAUGAAGUAGACCCAGAGAGUAUCGAACGACGAAUGUCACCCUCAAACGUCGCCGUCGUAAAUCAGGGUUUCAUAGUAACGUCUCAUUGCAACGAUCCUUCCGGAGACGAAGAGGAAGAAUCGUCUCCUGCAACGCUUGCUGAUCGCUACAAUCGCGAGCACAUGCCGAACACCGUCUCCCCAACUUCGGAGGAGGAUGCGGACGAAACCUUCGACCGAGCGAUGCGAGAAAGGAGGCUUGGUCUAUCGCCCAACCGGCUACCCUAUCAAAUGCGGAGGGGCAGACGAAAAUCUACGCCUUCGACCUUCGAGGUCGUAGAUGACGAAGAAUGCAAAGUUGCAAUGGAGGACGUCCUCGCCCCUCACGCAGAAUUCUUCAUCGAAAAAGACAAGAGCGUCGUCAGUAUCUCAUUCGAGCCACCUGUGUAA